GCGAUGUGAUGACAUUUUUCCAUUUCAAUUCCCUUAACACACUUCACUUCUCUAACAUGUCAAAGGACACUGUUUUGUUUCUCUUCUUCAUUGCAAUCUUCCAAUGCAAUCUCUCCACUAAGUCUCAUUCAGGAAUCAUUCUCCCGACUCAACUCCACCACGACUCGCUGGUUUCAUCGCCGGUAAGUUGUCCAUCUCCUGAUCGAAACCUCUACUACCAACCGGUUAUUGGAAUUCUAAGCCAUCCCGGUGAUGGCGUCUCUGGCCGCCACAGUAAUGCUACCGGUGCUUCCUUCAUUCACGCCUCUUAUGUUAAAUUUGUGGAAGCUGCUGGUGCCAGAGUUGUUCCUCUCAUUUAUAAUGAGCCAUCGGAGAUGCUUCUCAAGAAACUCGAAUUGGUAAACGGGGUUCUCUUCACCGGUGGAUCGGCUAAAGAUGGUUUAUAUUUUGAAACUGUUGGAACAAUAUUUAAGAAAGUUUUAGAGAAAAAUGAAGCCAGAGACCAUUUCCCAUUAUAUGCCAUCUGCUUAGGUUUUGAGCUUAUAACAAUGAUCAUAAGCGAGGAUGAUAAUAUUCUUGAAGAAUUCAAAGCGAAAAAUCAGGCAAGUACUCUUCAAUUUGUGGAAAGUGCGCAUAUUGAAGGAACUGUAUUUCAAAGAUUUCCUCCAGACUUGUUAAAGAAGUUGAGUACAGAUUGUCUAGUCAUGCAAAAUCAUGCUUAUGGCAUAUCCCCUGCAAAGUUUCUUAGUAAUCAAAAGUUAUCUAAUUUUUUCGAGAUCUUGACAACUUGCAACGACGAAGAAGACAAGGUUUAUGUUUCCACGAUACGUUCACGAAAAUAUCCGGUGACCGGCUUCCAAUGGCAUCCAGAGAAAAAUCCUUUUGGAUGGGGCUCACCAAGAAUUCCACACACAGAGGAUGCCAUUCAGACAACUCAAUAUGUUGCAAAUUUUUUGGUUAGUGAAGCGAGGAAAUCCGCAACGAGGCCAGUUGCUCAAGAAUUGUUUGACAAUCUCAUUUACAAUUAUAGUCCAACUUUUUAUGCUAAGGCAGGGAAAGCAUAUGAUGAAGUUUAUAUAUUUGUAUAAAUCUAAAUAUGCUGGAGAAAUCAAGUGAUAACAAUAUAGUGUAUAAGAAUUAGGCAUGUGUUUGUAUUCUUAUUAGCACUUUGUAAUUGUACCAUGUUAUAACAUGGUGUUUUUUUAGGACUGUUUCCUAUUGAAAGGUUAUGUAUAUCAUAUGGUUUCUUCAAAGAUGACUUUUAUGCUUAA